CCGAGGAAGGAGCUCUGUGCUGAUGGCCGUGGGUGUGGGCAGAUCGCCUUCUGAGGAGUCCCUGCGCGGGAGGGCCGAGGGCGAUGGGCGGUGGGACGGCGCAGACACGGAGAUGGAGUUCCCGGAGCCGGCAGGGGGCCUGCACCACCUUCUGGGGACAGAGGAGGCCAAGCCCAGCCAGCGAGGGACACAGGGGGUGGCAGUGAGCAGACACGGUCACAAGGCCACUGAUGUCACCCACGGAGGCUCCAGCUGCCACCCAGACGUGUCUUCAGCAUCUGCACCCGGAUUUCCCAGAGCGAGAACAAACUCCUCAGGGAAAGGGUUGGUGGAUAGAGCUGCUGAUGGUGGCCCUGUGCCUUGUCGAGUUGGCCACUGGUUCCUCUCCUCAGAAGAGCAGCAGGUGAAGGAUUCAGGCGGCUGGGGCCCGGUGUCCAGCCCUGCCAGCUCUGCCGAGGAGAGCGUCCCUGCUGGCAGCCUCCGCGAUGCCCACGUUGGCCGUCGGAGGCAAAGUCUGGGAGCUCCGUCCCCGCGUCCCUCCACGGCGGAGCUCCUGCGGCCCCAAUCCCCGCCCAGCCCCGAGAGCGCCCUGCGGAGCCGCUCCGCGCUGAGCCUCUCUGCCCUGUCCUCAGAAGGGAGCGGCCCCUCCGAGGAGCCGUGCGGCAGCGUGCCGGCCAGCACGGCUGUCCCCUCUGCGGCCAGCACGGCUGCCCAGGACCUGUGCUGCCCAUGGCGGGUGGAAGGCAGGGCCCUGCAGAGGCGGGAGCCCCCCGGCGCUCUGCUCGGUUACCGCGGCUCCGUGGGGCGCGUCCGGGAGAUCUCCUCCUGCCAAGCCGAUUACUGGGCCUGUGCCAUUCCGGAUUCACUGCCCCCAUCUCCGGAUCGCAGCUCACCUCACUGGAACCCCCACAAGGAGUACGAGGACCUGCUGGACUAUGCUUACCCACUGAAGCCCAGGUACAAGCUGGGAAGGAUACCGGAGCCUUUCCUCCAUGACUCGGGAAUAGGUCUGGACAGCUUUUCUACUUCCCCUGAGGGCGUGUCCAGGUCCACCAGCAUCUACGGCCGAGCUGGGCAGGCUCAGGGAAGCAGAGAAAACGGACUUUGGGAGUUUGUGGCCUCUGCAGAGAGAUUCUCCACCCCGAGGCCUGGAAAAAGAGCCUGCUCAGGAGCUGUCUCAUGCUUUGAGCCUUCACCUAUUGCCAAAGCAUCAUUUGGAAGUUCUUCCUCUUGCCUUUCCAGAGGUUUUGCUAAGGAUGUAAGGGUGGAAUCAUCUGGGCCAAGCUCCCCUGGGCCCCCUGCUGCCGAUGGGAGAAGCUGGGAUACCAGAGGAAGCCCAAACUACACAGGGCAGGUGGAAAGCACCAGGAGGUUUUUACCCACCACACGAGUGCUCCCCCUGAGGAAGGAGUGGGAGACUGAUGAAGAAUUUCUCUCCCUGCCUCCGAGACUGAAGGAGCUGGAAAGACUGGCUCAGUUUUUGUCCAAUCUUUCCUUAACUAUAAGGAUGCCUGGGCAUGACCACCACAACCUUCCACACCAGAGCACCAGCAAGGAGCCCCUUUCAUCCAGGCUGGCUCCUUUUGAAGAAGGGAGAGGUGGGGAUGGCAGAGGGAAUGCUGAGGGUUACGCUGGGCUGUGGCGGCACCGCAGCUCCCGAAAGCCCAGCUGGGAAAGCACAGAAUCGUGUGGCUGGAGCCACAGGGAUCCUCCCUGCGGGCUUCAUCUGCCAGCUGCUCUCAGGGACACACAGGAUGGGAUGUGCCUGGAUGAACCACGGGUCAAGGGGCAUCCAAAGAAGAGCCAGCAGAGCGACUCCCUUAUCCAGUGUGUUAAGAUGUUUUGCUGCCAGCUGGAGGAGCUGAUCCACUGGCUGUACACGGUGGUGGAUGUCACCGGCAGCUGGGUGCCACCCUCGCCGGAUGCCGACAGCGUGUUGGCAUCGCUGCACCGCUACCUGGAGUUCAGGAAGGAUGUGGCCGACCACCGGAGCCUGACUGAGAGCGUGCUGGAGAGGGGAGAGGCUCUCCUGGACUGCAUGGCAUCGAAUUCCCCAGCUCUGAAGGACACGCUGGCUCUGAUUGCCAAACAGUCGGAGGAGCUGGAAAGCCACGCAGAGCACCUGUACCAGUCCCUGCUGGCUGCUGUGGGCCCCGUGCGGGGCAGGGACGCGGGGCAGGACACGGGGGCUGCAGCACACGGCUGCUCCCUGGGUGCUGCCUCUGUCAGACCUAGGCUGCGUUAGCCCAUCUCAGGAGGGCUGAGAAGAAUUGCAGCAAGCACCAAACCACCUCCAUCACCUCUCCAGAGAUGCCAAAAUCUGUGUCCAGUUGCCCAUGGGGCUGAUUGCAGCCUGGGUUUGUGCCAUGGCUUGAGAAAGGUGCUCCAUACAGCAGGUGUGCUGGGAUGUCCAGAGUUGUGUAAGGAAUGUACAGCUGGCCUUUUCUGGUUUGUUUUUUUUUAAUAGCUUCCCUUUUUUAUUGAAGUGGGCUGUUCUGUGUUAGCAAAAUGUCAGGAAGUUUUUUAACUGAGCAAUCCAUAGUGUGCCGUGCGCUCGCUAAGUAAAGCCGUGUGAUUUUAA